UGCAUGAUUCCGGUACAGUAUAACACGGCGCGGAUCACCCAGCCUGUAUGUACCCGCAGGUGCACGUACCCGCGCUGCGCGUGGCGGGGCCCGGCGCUCUGGUCGCACUGGUCCCUGGCGCACGGCGGGGCUCUCAUCGGUGGCCGCCACACCCUGGACGUCCCGGUGCGCUCACCCACCAAAGGACUGGCCCGUGGCGUGGCCAUCACUCGCCUGUUGAGGACUCGCGGCCGCCUGUUCGCUCUGCACCUCCGCAGGCGGCCUGGGGAGGCGAGCCUGCUGGGCUGCGUGCAGCUGCUGGGGGCAAGACCGAGCGCCCGGUCGUUCCUCUACCGUCUGGAGGUCCUGGACGGUGAGGACCGAGCCACCACCUCCGUCAUGUCGGAGGUGACUGUGUCGGACGAGACCCCCAUCGUCAACGCCCUCCAAGCCUUAUGCGAGGUGGCCUCCAAGGAGCAGUCGGCGCAGAGCAACUCGCAGCCGCCCACGGCUCCGAACAGUCUGAGGGUCAAAGUCAACUUGCGAGAGUCGCCGUUCGCCAGGAGAAGGAGCAAGUCGUAAAUACAACCUCCCGCGGAGGAUUUUUUUUCGGGUCGAAACAUAAUGCAGAGGUUUUCAUUCAAAGAACCAUUAAUCAUUGCUUUACAAAGA